UGCUCGUAUUCCAUAUAACAGUGAUAAGAUGAACGUUUUUAAAACGGAUUUUUGACAUUUUGACAUUGAAUUGCAAUUCAAUGCCAAAAUUAUUAAGUUUUAUUUAAAAUUAGUCGAUCUUGUAGUUGACGCAACUUAAAAAAUGUCAGAGCCGUGUCAGUUAACAAUGCAACAUGUCAAUAUUGUCAUUUAUCAACAAGUUGAGUGAGUCGCCGAAGCUGCCCGACACAAUAGCUUGUGAAACACAAAAAGUUCAACUAUUAUCAAAACAUUAAGCAUACAUUACCGAUCUAACAAUUCAUAUGUGCCAUGUAAAAUAGGAUUUAUCUACCUUAACACGGUUCUUAAAGCAGUGACGUUUGAAAUGUGCGGCAAAUGAUUUGAAGACAAGAUACUAAUCUAAGUGCAUUUUUUUAAUACAGCGAACGCAUAAGUUAAUACGAUGGAUACUGAAUUCGUGCACAUAUCAACUAGUCUGAGGCUACAGCUUGCCUAUGGCAUUGGGCACGUACUCAACGAUGUUUGUGCAAGUUUAUGGUUUACAUAUUUUUUAGUAUUCUUUCAUUUAGUCCUUGAAUUCAGUGCUUCACAGUCGGGCACGUUAAUGUUAAUUGGUCAAGUGAUUGAUGCAUUAGCCACACCAUUUGUUGGGUAUCACUCAGACCACACAGACAACCACAUCAGUGCCAAAUAUGGGAGAAGGAAACUGUGGCAUUUGUUUGGUACUGUGUGUGUGCUGGCAUCAUUCCCAUUCAUAUUCUCAGAGUGUAUUGGAUGUUCAUUGACACAUAAAUGGGCCCAAAUGUAUUAUUUUGCAUCAUUCAUUAUUAUAUUCCAAAUUGGAUGGGCCGCUGUGCAGAUAUCUCACUUAAGUUUAAUACCAGAGUUGUCUGAGGAUGAUCAUACUAGGACACACCUCACUGCUAUCAGAUACGGAUUCACAGUGUUUUCAAAUCUAUUUGUCUAUAUUAUCACAUGGAUUAUAUUACAUGUGACUGGGGAAUGUGAUAAACAUCAAGUUGGACCCUCCGAUGCUUGGAAGUUCAGGCAUGUUGUGUACAUAGUGUUGGGCCUAGGAACACUGGCUUCAAUCAUAUUCCACCUUUCCGUAACUGAGAAGAAUAAUUACCGCCGUCACGAGCAACUUCUAGCUGAAGGGGAAAGCGGCGCCCACUACGACUUCUUACGAGACCCGCGCCUUUAUCAGGUGGCGGGCGUUUACAUGUGUACUAGGCUAGUAGUAAACAUAUCCCAGGUACUGAUACCGUUGUAUCUUCACCGCACGUUGGGUUUGGCUGCACGUGCCCUUGCCGUGGUCCCCCUUGCCCUUUACCUUGGGAGCCUAGCGGCUGCCGGCAUCCAACGGCUGGCUCCAAGAUCCUUCACACGAAAGCUCCAUUACCUAACCGGCGCCGCAUGUGCUAUAGCUGGUUUUGUGUGGAUUUAUCUCGGAUCAGACGAUGAUUACAAAGUUUAUUUCAUCUAUGUAGUUGCUGUGUUAAUAGGUUUCGGAGGAGCCGUGAUGUUGGUAACAAGCUUGGCCCUAACAGCUGAUCUCGUUGGCGCCAAAACUGAAGCUUCCGCGUUUGUCUACGGAUUAAUGAGUUUUACCGAUAAGCUCGCUUGUGGUAUCGCAAUUGCGCUCAUACAAGCAUACGCUGACAACGCUGGCCCAGCAUACUACGGUAACGCGCUCGUAUGGGUGUGUGGAAUUGCAGCCAUCAUCGGGCUUAUACUCACGCUGAUGCUACCCCGGUUCCGACCUGAGAGGCUAGCAGUAACUGAUGACUCAUCUAUAAAUAAUUCGGAGCAUUCACAAGAUCAAGUGACCACACCAGUUGAAGAUAUAUGAAGGGGCAUUUUAGUUGCAUUUGCAUCUUCAUCUAGGUUUAUAAAUUUCCCUUCCAGUGCGGCACUAGCCUGAUAAGAAUGGCACAAAAUGACAAGUUACUAAGCAUUCCAAUGAUGUUGUGAAAAUUAGGGUUUUAUGGAAUUUAUAUCUAAGCUUGUUUCUAAUUUAAGAUACCUGUGUUAAAAAUGUAAUAAGUAGGUAGGUGCUAAAGUUUUAUAUUGUAAAAUGUUUAUGCAAAAAGUUAUAAUAUAAAAUAUCAAAAUAUUUAUUCGAAUAUUUAAUACUCCUGUACACAUUUAGCUAUUUCGAUGAAGUUGCUAACAUUAAUAAUAGUUUAAAAGUACCUUUACGGUACAUAAACUAGGUAUUAAUUUGUUCCUUUUCUAUCGUCGUGUACUUAAUAAUUGUAAAUAAUGUAAUUUAUAAUGAAAUACGGGUUACGCACAUUCUCCGAACUCUAGUUCGAUCAUGAUGGAGUAGUGUGGGCAUCGUGUACCUAACAUUAAAAAGAAAUUACAAAUGAAUUGAAAAUUAAAUUAUAUCAAGCUAUUUGCAUAUCCUUUGAAA